AUGAACAACAAUAAUUCCAAGAAAGGCAAUGAUAAAAAACAUUUCAACAAGAAAAAGACAAGAUUAUACAACAGUCGAACUAUAAAAUCUCAAAAUGCUGAUUCAUCAUACGACAAGAAAGAGAAUAAAUUAAACGUACCUGAUUUUAUAUCAUCACGUAAAUAUGAAAUAAACUCAUUUGAAUUAUCGCAAUUGAAAAGUAAACAAGCAUUGUCAUCAAGAUGUUUUCAAAAUUUACCAAGAGUAAUGAGGAGAAGAGCUGCAUCUCAUAAUGUUUCCAGAAUACCCAAGAGACUUAGAUCCAAAGCUAUUAGAGAAAUGAAAGGAGCUUUAUCACCAACAAAAAACGUACCCAAGGGAAGAAAAUUGUAUAAAUUAUUACAGAGACAAAAAAUUUUAAAAGUUGCUUCAAGAUUGAAGAACGAUAGACUGAAUUUAAAUGAAAUUUUAAAAAAUGGUAAUGUUCGUAAAAAGUUUCGGGAAGUUGGUAAGGAGAUUAAACAAAUUACUACUGAAGUUGGUCCAAAAAUUAAUAAUUCUGUUGGAUCGGUCGAACUAUCAACUGACAAUGCUUUGGCAGAGCCACCAUCGAUCAGUGUAAAAUAUGGAAAUCGACAAAAGAAAUUUGUUUGGCUUCCAACUCAUAUAUGGCAUGCAAAAAGAUUUCAAAUGAGCAAAAAAUAUGGAUUUCAAAUUCCUUACACGCCAACCCAAAAAUGUUUCAAGCUGAUGAAUAGACAAGUCAAACACAGAGCGGUUUGUUUCGACACUUCAUAUCAACGAACUUUGGUUAUAACUGCCUCUGAAAAUAGUUCAGAGGGUAAUUUCAAACUGGACUUAUCUUUCCUAUUCGUACGAUUAACUAAUUCAUCAGACAGAUAUUUAUUGAAAGGUAAAAAGUCUUUUUACGGAUGGAUCAAUUCCUUUGAUGCAAGUGAACCAGAUUACAAAGGUUUGGUAUAUUUCGAUCCAACAAAUGCUACUAUUUUGGUUCAGUUAGAUACUACGAAUUACUUCAAAGAAUUCGUUGAAUCGUUGAAAGUGGGGCUAGACAGUAAAUUCAAAAUCGUGGAUUGCAGUUAUGCAUUGGGAAGCAUAGAUGUUCGUGGUCCCUUGGGAUUACAAUGUUUGAGUAAGAUACUACAUUUUAGAGAAGAAUCUGAGGAUUUCAAAAAUUUAUGGGCCUCGAUGAUAUCAAGUAAAGAUAAUGCAUUGAUACCGAUUGGUACCACGUUUGCUUUAAGCAUUUAUGAUCCAAGGCUUUGGAUAAGACCCACAAGUUACCCAAAAAGUUCUGAAGAGAAUCUUUACGACGCAGUCGUACAUCUCAACUCAUCUCACAAAAUUGAUUCAAAUAUCAAUAAUAGAUUGUUGACUAAAGAAGGUAGAAUAAAUUCAUAUAAGAGUCAGUUAUCAUUAAAGGAAAUAGGCAAGUAUUUUAAUUCAAACACUACAUUUGAUAAAGUUUCUCAUAGUGAUAUUCCAAUUUUAUUGACUAAAAUUGGUUCUGCUAAUUGGAGAUUAAUUAGUCCUUGGUUCUGGGUAUUACCUCUUUGGAUUCAAUUAGUCAAAAUUCCUCAUAUAAAAGCUGGUGGGUUGAAGCAAAUAUAUCAAUUUAAUUUUGAAAACGAACAACCAUCUUUUCCUGCAGAUUGUCCAUAUACAAAAGAUGGUGAUGACUAUAAUAAAGCUGUUGGUGAAAUAGCACAAACGCUUGAUUCCAAAAAACCCAAAAGUCAAGUGACAUUACAGCAGUCGGAAGAAAAUUAUUCAGAGAUUUUCAACUCUUAUAAAUGUGAUUGGUUUACAUUAAGAAAUAUGUAUUACAUAUCUGAAAAUGAAAAACUAACUGGAGAUAGUGAGAAUCCAAAUAACACUAGCAUUUUAAAUAUUAAAACGCUUGCAAAGGAAGAAAAAUUAACAUCAGGUAAAGAAACUUAUAAAACCGAGAUUGGAAAAGGAUUAGAAAAGGAAUUUGAAUUUUUGUAUAAGGAAGUAUUUUCAACAACAGUUCCCGUGAGUUCCAUACUCAACGUAAAAUUACCUGUGUUGGCAGUAAAGUUAGAAAUUUUAAAGGAUGGUGUUAUCGAAAACAACGCUAGAAUUUAUUCUAGUAAUGAUUUGAAGGAUUUUAAUGUUAUUGGGUUUGUCACUACAGGAGGAAUGAAUUUGAACAAAGGUAAGUGCACGGGUAUAGGUUCAAUUAUACCAUGUGCCUCUGGCCAGGAAAAACGGGGACAAGUUUAUAUUAGGAACCCAGGCAAAUCCAAACUCUACUCAUGUAGAUUUGAAUGUCUUUAA